UCCAGUCCCCAAUCCUUUUAAAUUUGAUUAGUAGUCACCAUACUGGGACGACAUAUAAUUUUCACAAUAUUAGUUUGUCCUGCACAGUUAGCACAAAUUGUUAGAUCGAGUAUUGACCGAGUCAGCAUGUAAAAAUAUGGUUUAUAUAAGCAUGAAAAGAUAAGGUCCCUGCAUAACUCGCUCUCGAGAAGAAAACAUUAGACACUUUCAGGCUUCAGCUCCAUGUAGAAAUUAAGGAGAAGAUCUGGAGCUGGGAAUUAAAGACGCCACCAAGAAAAAGCUGAGCCCGAAUCCAUCGCAGCAAUAACACUUGCCUACAAGGAGGACCGCACGGUGGGUUUACUCUAAACAAGUGCAUAAUUGCAUAUACUUGAAUGACAACCCAGGAACGUUGACAGGAAUCUCUAAGCAAAUGGAUGUUCUGACAAGGCUGCAAGAAUGAAUGAAUUCUAACAAGAUUUUCAUAAACAUGGAAUAUGGGAAUAAAAAAAAAUUAAAAUUACCUCCAUGUUGACACAUUGACUGCAUCGCCAACAAAACACAAUUCAAAAUGGCGCUCGUAUAUCUGUCAUCCUACAUGAUGUCGAUGACUUUCUCAAUUGCUUUUCUAGGUGGUCUACUUAUCCUAGCUCAGGAUCAAUCAGGAUUUAUCAGCAUAGAUUGUGGAGCUCCUGCAGAUAUCAACUAUACUGAGCCAAAAACAGGCAUAAAUUACACAUCAGAUGCCAAUUUCGUAAAUACGGGUGUAAGUGGGACAGUAGAAACUGAAAUCAUCAGCAGUGGCUAUCAACGACAGAUGAUGAAUGUGAGAAGCUUCCCGGAAGGAAAAAGGAACUGCUACAAAAUAAACAUCACAAGAGGUUCUACUUAUCUCAUCCGGACUAAUUUUUUGUAUGGAAAUUAUGAUGGGCUUAAUAAGGCACCGCAGUUUGAUAUUCAUCUUGGGGCUAACCGGUGGUAUACAGUGACUAUAUCCAAUGCAUCCACUCCCCAAGUCAAUGAGAUCAUAUAUGUACCUUCACUGGAUUACCUACAAAUCUGUCUGGUCGACACAGACCAUGGGACACCAUUUAUAUCAGCUAUAGAAUUGAGGACUUUGAAAAAUGAUACAUACGUCACUCAAUUUGGAUCCUUGGAAUAUUACAACCGGUGGGAUUUAGGUUCAAACAACAGCUACAGGUACAAUCAUGAUGUUUAUGAUCGUUUCUGGUAUAUCUAUGGUGACAACAAGGAUUGGAAACAAUUAAGAGCUUCUAUUCCUGCCGAUUCCUUAAACCAGAACGAUUACAAACCGCCAGAGAUUAUCUUGAGUACCGCAGUUACACCAGUAAAUGCUUCUGCUCCAUUGGUAAUAAGCUGGGAGCCACCAGAUCAAACUGAGCUAUACUAUGUGUACAUGCACUUCACUGAGAUUCAAGUGUUAGCUAAGAAUCAAACAAGAGAAUUCAACAUUGCCCAGAAUGGAAAGCCAUGGUAUCAAAAUAUGUCUCCGCCAUACCAGAAUGUCACCACAAUAUAUAGCAGGUUAGGCACCAGUGGAAAAAAAAUUGAAUAUUCACUUGAGAAAACAAAGGAUUCAAGCCUACCUCCCAUCAUAAAUGCCAUUGAAAUUUACAGAGUAAUAAACUUCCAGCAAUCAGAUACACACCAAGGAGAUGUUGACGCGAUUGCAACCAUCAAGUCAGUUUAUGGGAUGACAAGAGAUUGGCAAGGUGAUCCAUGCUCCCCUGUAGCCUACUUGUGGAAUGGUUUGAAUUGUACUUACCGCGGAAAUGAGAACCCGAGAAUCACAACUUUGAAUUUAUCUUCAAGCGAAUUGUCAGGAAUGAUAGAUCCUUCCAUUUCAUAUCUCACCAUGUUGGAGAAGUUGGAUUUAUCAAACAAUAACUUAAAUGGUGAAGUUCCUGAUUUUCUAUCUAGAUUACAGCACUUGAAGAUCAUAAAUUUAGAUAACAACAACCUCACGGGUUCAAUUCCAUCAGAACUAGUUAAAAAAUCUAAGGAAGGUUUCCUAUCACUAAGUGUGGGCCAAAAUCUGUAUCUAUGUGAAUCUGGUCAAUGCAACGAGAAGAAAAAGAAAAAGAACAUUGUUACUCCCUUGUUAGCGUCAGUUAGUGGGGUUUUGAUCCUUGUGGUGGCUGUGGCAGCUAUAUCGUGGACUCUUAAAAAGAGAAAGCCGAAAGAAAAGAAUCAAAGUGAGAUGUCAGCUCAAUGCACAGAACAAGAUGAUUCAUUACAUCAAUUCAAAAAACAAAUAUACUCACACUCUGAUGUCCUUAGAAUCACGAACAAUUUCAAUACAAUUGUUGGUAAAGGUGGGUUCGGAACAGUUUAUCUGGGUUAUAUCGAUGGCACUCCAGUUGCAGUGAAAAUGCUUUCUACCUCUUCAGUUCAUGGUUAUCAACAAUUUCAGGCAGAAGUUAAACUUCUAAUGAGAGUUCAUCAUGCAAAUCUCACCUCCCUUGUUGGUUAUUGUAAUGAAGGAGACAAUAAGGGUCUCAUAUAUGAGUACAUGGCUAAUGGAAACUUACAUGAACAUCUGUCUGGUAAACACAUCAAAUCAAAAUUCCUGACCUGGGAAGACAGACUUCGUAUAGCAGUGGAUGCAGCCUUAGGUGAGGAAGUAAACUUAAAAUUAUGUGUUUUGUUAACUCCCCUUUUUUCCUCUCAAAUUCUCAAUAUGUUUUCAAUAAAUCAAAUAUCAGGAUUGGAGUACCUUCAAACUGGUUGCAAGCCUCCUAUAAUCCACAGAGACGUAAAAUCUACAAACAUCUUGUUGGAUGAAAAGUUACAAGCAAAGUUAUCUGAUUUUGGUCUAUCCAAAAUUAUCCCAAUUGAUGGGGGAACUCAUGUGUCAACUGUUGUUGCUGGUACUCCAGGUUAUCUAGAUCCUGAGUACUACAUAUCCAAUAGAUUAACACAGAAAAGUGACAUUUAUGGCUUUGGAGUUGUUCUUCUAGAAAUAAUCACUUGUCAACCAGUAAUAGCAUGGAAUGAAGAAAGGACUCACAUAAUUCAAUGGGUUAGAUCCCUGAUUGGGAUAGGGGAUAUCAAGGGCAUUGUUGACUCAAGGUUAGAAGGAGAUUUUGACAUUAACUCAGCUUGGAAAGCCGUAGAAAUAGCAAUGGCGUGUGUUUCCUUAAAUCCCAGUGAAAGGCCAAUCAUGAGGGUAAUAGUGACUGAACUAAAGGAAACUUUAGCAACCGAAUUAGCUCGAACUAAACACAACAGUGCUGAUUCAAUAAAUUCAAUCGAACCGGUCACCAUGAAUCUGGACACUGAAUUCACUCCACUGGCUAGAUAAAAGAUAAGAAUAACAAAAUAAUCUUGUAAUAAAUAAUGUGUUCAAAGAUGGAGAUGAACUAGGUAAGAGGUCUUCCUCUUGUGCAAUUCCAGAAUGAGAUCAAGUCACGUAAGAGGAAUUGAUGUUACAUAAUAAGAAGUUGGUAUAUGCUCUUACUUUUGAACAGUGAUACUUGUAUAACUGGUACACUUGCACUCCGUUUGAAUCUGUGUUUGAGAGUGGUGAAUGUAGUGUAGUGUGCAAAGUUGCAAAGAGAAUAAGAGUAAAUAACAAGAAAUGAAAAUCAGUUUUUGUUUUUC